UUUUAUCUUUGUGAAAAAAUCAUUAUUUAAAUAACAACAACAAUUUCAACAGUAUAGGUUUUGCGAUGACACGACGUAUCAGUGGCUUUCUUGGAGGGUCGUGUAGCGCUGUUAUGGUGGUGUCUAUGCUCCUCAAACACGACUUAUUGAGAAAGUCAAAUUUAACGGAUAUGCAUAUCAACGAGCUAAUACAGCAUUCAGAUCCUAUUUUAGAUCGAUGUGGAGUACUUAUGAAUAGUCUAACUAACGCGAGAUGCGAAUGUGUUAUGCUUCAAGAUGUAUCAGGAGAGGAGGCUAAGUAGGGAAGCAUUUUCAUAGAUGUAUGCAUGUCUGCUAUUUCUUAAUAUUGUCUAUGCGGUGUGAUAAGGCAUUAUUUGACUGAAUAUCGAUGUCUUAGCUUAUCUCCUUUUUGUUAUAUUGAGUGGAGGAUAUGCUCUAAGCAGUGUAUUCCAGGCAACUUCUUUUUCGUAUCUUUUUGUGUGGAAAAGAGUAUUGUUUAUGUUAAGAAAAUGAAGUUGAAUUCGAUGUUUCAAUCUGAUGAGAUCAAAAGGAGGUUAGAGGAGUCACAUCAUAGGGGAUAGAGAUACUAAAUAAACGCACGUUAUCUUUUUUGUAAAUUAUUGUGCAGGCAGUGAUUGUCUAUUUUAACAAGUAUAUCGUAGCGUCCCAGACGGAGUUUAUUUAUUAUACUUUUUCUUCCUCUUGAAUUCAUAUAUUACGCAGAUGAAUAAAAUGUCUCUUUAAUUGAUUUACUUUAAUCUGAUGCUUCGUCUGGAGCUAAUGAUGAAGAUAUUCGUCGGAAGAAUUAUCCGUAGUAGCAAGGAUGUGCUUUUAAACCUUUAAAAAGAAGGUAUAAGGUCAAGCAUCUUGCGGGUUCCCUUUAUGUAUGUUACCAAA